AGAAUUUAAGUAGCAGCACAACACAAUGAAAGAAAGAAUGAAAGAACCAAACCACACUCCUUCCGAAGCUACUCAGAGAGAGAGAUAUUGUUUUGUGCUUUCUCAAUGGCCACCGCACCGGCUCCGGCUCCGGCUCCGGCUCCGGCUCCGGCUCCGGCUCCGGCUCCGGUGAAGUCGCAGCCUCUGCACAACUUUGCCCUCCCCUUCUUGAAAUGGGGCGCCAGCGGCAAGAACAACACCACCAACGCCGCCCACCACCACCGCUUCCGCCGUCCCUCCGAUCACGCCUCCGAGCCCGACUCCUCCGACCCCGACUCCCGCCCCCACCGCCUCGGAUCCAGAACCGCGCGCAACCGAUUCUCACUCCCCCUCAAACCACCACCGCCGCCGCCUCCACCACAACCACCGCACGACGACGACGCCGACGACUCCGUGCAGAAGCCGUGGAAGCUACGCCCCCGCAAACCCGCGCUCCUCCCCAACAAGACCGCCCUCGAGAUCGGCACCGGACCUUCCCGAAACCACCACCACCACCACCAUCACGCCACCAACAACGGAGAAUUCCUCGACGGCGGCGACAACAACCCGGCGCCGAAGUCGCUCCGGCUCCGCGGGUUCUCGGACACGCAGUGCAGUGAGAAGAAGGAGAAGAGGAAGUUCUGGAUCGCUCUCUCCCGUGAAGAGAUCGAAGAAGACAUCUUCGUCAUGACGGGCUCCAGGCCCGCUCGCAGGCCCAGGAAACGGCCCAAGAAUGUCCAGAAACAAAUGGAUAGUGUUUUCCCUGGCUUAUGGUUAGUGGGGAUAACUGCUGAUGCUUACAGAGUCGCUGAUACACCCACCAAGAGGUGAAGAGAAUUUAGGAAGGUCUUGGGAGAUUGGAGGCUUAGGGUAGCAAAGCUUGUAGUUAAUUAGCCAAAUCAUCGGUUCAAUUCGUUGGAGGCGCACUGCUUCUGCAUUCUUACUCCCUAGCUCCCGAAGCGGAAAUAACCCUGUUUGAGGUUGAAAUUCACUGCACUGGUUGCAUGCUUUUGAUGCCUUUCCAUAUGUAUAUUUUGAUUUCAUAUUGUUAAUUGGUUUGAUUCACACUUCCUUUUGGUUUUUGCAUGAUGAUCUUAAUCCUAACCAUCUAUUGGGAGAGGCUUUAAAAAUAGAUUGAAAUUUGUUAAAUCUGAUUGUAACAUAACCUAACCCGAGCCUGUAGUUGGGGAUAAUCAAGCAUUAUAAUAUGAAAGAGUCAUUUUAGUGCAUUGGUUUGUUUGUAAAGUUUUGUCUUUUUUGAGUUAUUAUUAUUUGUUUGAAUUGACACUGCAACGAACUUUUGCACCCUGGAUGGAAGAGGAAGACGACAGGUGUAGUGUGCCCUCUCACUUGAAAUUCAACACCAUUGUGGAUUGAAAGAUACAAUGCUGUUGUUUUCUCCGAUGUGUUCUACAUCAAUCUCAAUAAGAAUUUCAAUUUUUUUCGCCCCCAA